UGCGCGGCUGCGCGCCCGCGGGAGGGGCCGAUAGAAAAUGGCGAGUCUGUGCAGAAGGCAGCAAUGCACGAUCGAGAGGCGCGGCUUUCGGCAGGAACUUGACUCGUGGCGGCAUAAACUCAUUCACUGUGUAGGGUUUGAAAGCAUUUUGGAGGGGCUGUUUGGACCAGGACUAGUUAAAGAUCUUACCCUCUUUCAAGAUUGUGAACCAGAGGGAGUGUCCGAUUGGUCAUUUAAUGAAAAUUGUCUAUUUUGCUGCUUAAGACGUGAAAAAGUAAAGGAGAACUUUGGUUUGAACAACCAAGUGUUAUCAGAAACAGACAGCUUCAAGCAAGAGGAGUCCAAUAUUAACAAACUUGAGAAGCAAGCAGAGGACUUCCUCAAUGUUGUCUUCUACAGAAAGGCAGACCUCCCAAGAUUUACAGACCCCCACAUUCCUCUAGUGGCUCGAGAGAUCAUGCAGCGAAUGAUCCGACAGUUCGCUGCGGAAUAUACCUCAAAAACCAGCUCAACUCAGGACGUACCCAAUCCCCAGUCCCAGCCCAACGGCACCAAGGACCAAAGCCUGCCGAAAGCGCCCUCGCUGGAGCCGGACGCCUCCACACCCGCUCCCGCCUGUGGCGGCGCCGGUACCGGCCCAGCUGCCUCCGCACAGAAUCCCGUCCUCAGCAAGCUUCUCAUGGCAGACCAGGACUCCCCGCUGGACCUCACCGUCAAGAAACCAGAGAUCGAACCCAGCGAACAAGAUGGAGUCCUUGACCUCUCAACUAAGAAGAACCACAGUCAUGGUAGUGUCUCACUUAAAAGCUCUCAUGGUUUCUCAAUCGUGCCCACAAUUAAGGGGCGUUCCCAGAGAGCUGAUCACAACUAUCGGGAUGUUGAUGAUGAAGAUGGCUUGCCACCGAGAAGCUUGCAUGAUGGAAUAAGGGAGAAUUGUAUUAGUUCUGGACCCCUUAAACCACCAUUGGCCCGCUCGCUCCUCAUUAAAGAGGAACUGCUGAGUCAGAAACACCGUCUCAUGGGCCAACCAACUGCUCUUUCACUGGCUAGCCUUGAGUCCGUAGGUCUCCUCAACAGCCAAGCCCAGUCCCUUCUUUCACGCGAUGGAACCUGGGGAAAAUCCCACUUGGAUGGCCUCCUGAAGCUUAAACAAGUUAGCGGGAACCUUGGUGACCUCAAUGACCUGCCUCAUUUCCAGGAGAACCAUGGUGUGUUCACCAAAGGCACAAAAUCCAUUGAUGUCGGUUCCAUCACGGUAAAGAAAGAACCGGGGCAUUCCCCUCCGGUGGACUUGAAGAUUCCGCAAGUUCGAAGCAUGGAUCUGUCAUGGGAAUCCCAUGGGAAUUCCUCGGAUCUCUACAGUUACGGCUCCAUCGCUAUGGGCAAUGUGCACUCGGAGAACGCGCUCAGCAGGAAGCUGAGAGCCAUCUUGCCAAAGCAGAAUCGCAGAGCCCUUGGAGGCCUCCUUGAUGGAGGGGCCAUAGGCGAGUACUGGGGCGCAGAUAUCGAACAACCAAAUUUGGGUCCCCAGUACCCGACAUCAGAUCCGGAGGCAGAUCCAACAGGUUCCAAGCAACCCCGAAAGAAAAGGGGAAGGUAUCGCCAGUACAAUACCGAGAUACUAGAAGAAGCCAUUGCCGUGGUGAUGGGUGGGAAGAUGAGUGUUUCGAAGGCGCAAAACAUCUACGGUAUUCCCCACAGUACCUUGGAGUACAAGGUGAAAGAGAGGAUGGGCACACUGAAGAACCCACCAAAGAAAAAGCUUAAACUGAUGAUGAGGGCCGAGGGGCAGGACUCCGGGAUCACCGCUGAAACCGAAACCACAUCGACGCCCGCUACCACACCCAUUGCGACAAAAGUGGAUGUCUUUCAGGCGACAGGAGACAAAGUCGAGUAGAUUACACAGAACACCUCAUAAACUGGAAGCGUUGACAAAAAAACUAUAAUGAUUUGGAAUUAAGGAUGGGGCUUUAAUUGUGCCAAUUUACUUGCAGUAUCUGGGUGAGCACAACUGCAGGAAUACAUGGGAGGAUUUAAGCGUGACAACUUGGGAUAAAAAACUAAUUGGCAUUUAUCUUAGUUGACACCGCAAGCAUUUGUUGAAGUUUUUUUUACAAAACAUUAAGCAACAAAUGCGUACAAAAGCCAUAAGAGAGUCAUGACAGAGACAUUUUAUUAGAGAAAAAGAGAAAGCAAGCAGAUAAACCCUUCAUUCGCCCCUUCAUCUGAACUUUUUGAGCUGCACCAUUAGUGCUUUGGACGGCAUGCAAUUUUGAGAAAUGAGAAGUGGGGUUUGGAGGGUAACUUGCUUGCGAUGAUUUGACCCUUCACAAUCUUCUUUGAUUGGUUCAUGAAAUAAGUCUUUAAACUAAUUUAGUUCAAAUGGAGUUGACAAGGAUUCUCACCAGGGAUCUGUCGCUAGGGCCCCGUUUUUCUAUUAACAGGUAAAAAAAAUUCUUUCAACUCUCCAUCGUUUCCUCCUUUUAUAUUCAGCGCCAUUGAAACAGACUAAGAAUUAGACUUGUCCAUUUAAAAAAAAGAGAGAGAGAAAUGAAGCUUAUGAUUAGUCAUUCAGGGAUGCAUGUUUGUGAUGUUUAAAAAACGUUUUUUUUUACGUUUCUGUAACUAAACUUUCUUUAACUCUAGCGCUUUCUUUUGCACUACACUUUCAGUCUGGCGCUCGCCAGAGCCUAAAUCUGGCAAUUAGACCUGAUUACCUCGACAUUGCUUGCAUUACACCAUUACUGUUCUGUCUGGCAUACCACAUAAUACUCAUUUUACAAUACCAUUUUUUUUCUCUUGGCGAGAGUCUCUCUCUCGUGAAUGGAUUUCUACACCCGUGAAGGGACAAUGCCGACUUGAACCACGCAGAACAGGAAGGUGUUUUCAAUUCACAUCUUUCUACUUAAAUUAUUGGAGGGAGGGCGCCUACAGUCAAUUUCGGGCUGUUUUUCGCCAUUCCCUCAUCGCUGCUUAUAGUCAGUCACUGACGUGUAUAUUUAUAAAAAGAAGAGCAUUUUUGCCGAGGGUUGGUUUCGGGGAGGGUCGGGUGGGGUUAAAUAUAUAGGGUAGGGUAGGGUUAUGACUAUAUUAUAAAAUUAGCAUACAGAGAGCAGAGAAGCCAAUUCUUGUCUCUGAAUAGUUUUUUCCUCAUGUAAAACUCAGGGCAACUGAGACAAAUAUAGCGAUCAUGUUUUUAGAGAAACAAUGCAGACCUUACUUGAAGUGGAACCUGUGACCCGUCCUCAUUCAGUGAGUUGGGUCAGAGGCAGGGCUUUAUACCGGGCGUAAGUUGGGUAGAGCUGAGCCAUGGAUUGUGGAUAUUGGUGGGAUUUUAUCAUUCGAAACAGCCAGUUGGGACCUCUCAAAAAAUAGCACUUUGUUUGAAAAUAAAGCGAUCACGUUUGGAUGCGUUUCAAAGUAGCUUUUGCAGUAGCAGACAAGAUCAAACAGGAAAUGUUUUGACACCUCCCACCAUCCUGCAGCUUAGACCCCAACAUGCUCCUCAAAUUUUUGUUUAUUUUUCACUGAAAAAAAAUUACCUCUUCAAUAUGCAGUGGUUGACAGCUUGAAUUUCCAAAUUUGUCUGUUGUUGCCAUCACUGUCUAUUUUCAUAUCGCCCCUUUUCCAAUAUAAACUGUGUCGUUUAAUGUAUAUAAAAAGAAAGGCUUUUGAAAUGGCAUGCUCUACUUUGAUGUUGUUCGAAGGGCAUUCUGGUCUAUCACUGCCUGGUGCUCACCCAGUCUGUGACAAAACUGAUGUUUCAAACUUCAGGGUUUCUGACGAAACUGUUGAAAAACACUAAUGAAAUGUACCUCUAUUUAUUUGAUUAUUUAAUUUGAAUCAUUACUGCAAAUGGCAUGCACCAGUUUAGUGGAGGCUAAAUAAAUUAUUUAAUUAAAUAUUCAAAUCUGACACUUGGUGGCGUACUAUAACUCCCACCUCCCUGGUAGCGUUUGGCGACAUCGUACAUUAAUUAUUGCUUUAUAUUACAUAUACGAGUAAACAAUUAUUUAUUUCAAUAAUUUUAAAGGGGACAUAUCAUGAAAAUCGGACUUUUCCAUGUUUAAGUGCUAUAAUUGGGUCCCCAGUGCUUUUCAGUCCCUCCAGAAAAACGCUGAGUUUUUUUGUGAUUGUUGCAGGCAAAAAUCCUUGCGGCACGUUUUCUUAAAAAAAUGCGAUGUUAUAUGCUGGAUUUUUAUGCGAUGAAAUUGCGGGAACUUGCCAAAUUGAGGGAACUUGCAAAAACUGUGUGAACUUGCAAAAAUUACAUCACUUUCUAACAUUCCCAUGACAACGGGGACAUGGUUGCGCAUGUGUGAAGUAAAUGCUACAUUUUUCAACUUUCUGCUAAGAUAUAUGACUUUUUCGACGAAAAUGCGGGGAUUAUGAAAUCAUGCAAGCCCACAUAUUUUGCAAGCAGAAAUAUGUAAAUUUUGCGGCGAAAGUGCGGCGUAUUUAAAAAAAUACGGCCCCCCAUAAACAUGCAUACUUUGGCUGAUUGCGAUCUCAGAAUCAUGUUUUUCUGGAGGGACUGGCUUUUAUCAACCUAGAAAAUGUGAAUAAGAUCAACCUAGGAAUUUAGUUUUGGUAAACCAUUCUCCAAAAUGGAAAAUAUUUGGCUCCCCUUGUGAUGUCAGAAGGGGAUAAUAACACCCCUUAAUCUGCACUAUCCAACUACGCCACUGCCAUUUAGUACAGAAAUCGGAUCAUUUGCAUGUUAAAGGACACACCCAAAACGGCACGUUUUUGCUCACGCGUACAAAGUGACAAUUUUAAAGGAACAGUAUGUAAGAAAUUUAUAUCAAUGAAUCAUAAAAUGGCCCUGAUGUGUCACUAGACAUUAAGAAAUCAUUUUCAUUUCAAAUACUUAUAUCACUCAUAACAGUGGACUGGCCAGGAUAUUGUCAUUUAAAAAGUGGUGUUGCAGCACUCAACUGAUGUUUAUGUUGUCAUGUUGUGUAUUGGCCACCCGUUGUGUGAUUGCAGUACCAGUUUUGGCCACAAUCCUACAUACUGUUCCUUUAACUCGUUAAUAAAUUAUCUGUGAGAUAUUUUGAUCUAAAAUUUCACGGAUGUACUCUGGGGACACCAAAGAUUUAUUUGACAUUUUAAAAAAGUCUUGUGAAAUUUCCACUUUUAAGUUAUUGCCUUUUUCAGUUCUGUCAUAACUAUAUAAAGACCCGUCUUAAUUAAUAGUUAUUAAAUUGUUUAUAUAAAAGUUGAUUUUUUGGAAAUUCGUAUCAAUUUCGAUUGCAUACUUGUACAAUUUAUUAUUAACUAGAAGAAGAAUUUUCGCAUUAAUAUUUUGACAAUGGAGAAUUCUCUUCAGUGUAAAUCUGGCAUCAAAUGCACCAACACUUUAUCAAUGCUGAGCGUUUAAAGUGUCUAAUUAGAUUUAAACAAUCAAUAUACUCUAUUUAUCAAUCAGUGUGAUUUGAAAUACUACUGACUUUUCCCCAUUAGUAAAUUACUAGUAGUAAAUCAUAGCAACAACUAGAUUAUUGGUCCAACCAGUAUUUCCCCCUAUAAUUGGCACUUAUGAAUUGUUGCACUGAAGGCCAUGACUGGAAUUUGUUUUGCAGCACUUAAAUCUUUGGGCUCUUGAAGUUGAAACAAUCACCUCUCUGAAAUCUUGUGGUUGCUGCAACCUAAUUUAUCAACAGCGGUCCGAAUAACUACGGUGCAUGCCAUUUCAACUUAUAUUUAUUUGAUUUGACGUUAAUGAUUAAUGUAUUUUAUCACCGGGUUAACAGCUCCCCCUGUCCGAAAACGAUUUCUCCUCUCGAAACGAAACCUUCUUUACUCAAUGAAUGUACCGAAUAGUUGUUUGAAAAACAGCACUUUCACAUUUCAUCCUAUAAACAGACUGUUUUCGUUUAUUCUCUUGCUGCUGCCGUUUUCGUUCGUUUGAUUUUCUGAAACGUACACACCUCCUAGCCUUCAGUACUUUCGUAUCUCAGGAUAGAUAGAUUCCGCAGAAGGGUCCGCGAUGCAGACAUAACUACCUGUACAAGACGUGCAGAGAUGUGUUGUAGUAACUACAAUCUUCGCACAAUAUACCUCAUCUUCUGUAAUAAACGCACCUUUCUGUGCCGCAUAAAUACCGUUCAGGGGCACACGAGAAAGGAGCGGUUGAACUCUGGGAAAUUUCUCACCAUCGUUUUCGUCUUCUGUGAGACGAGCGGCCUGGCCGAUAUUUAUCAAUCGCGUACUUUUUCGCCAAUAACAAAUCUUGUCUCUUAACGUCGCUUUGUAACGUUUCUCAAGGAAAGGCUGUAGGUGAGACGCUACCCUGAUUUCUAUACACCGGUUUGAACCGUCACGGUUGUUUACGUAAAAUGGAGAUCUGAAGGGGAGAAUGUGGGGCAGGUGGAAAUGUUAACCUUCUGUUGUCUUUGUGUGAUCUCUGUACACUUGUUUUUAAACUGCAUUCCAAAAAUUUCAAAAAUGAUACCUUUAUAUGGAAGAAAAGUCUAUACGUAUACAAAUGAAUAUAUAUUAUAUUUAUUUUACUGUUCAUCCUUUUAUUUGUUUUGGUUUUCUUUUCUGGAUUAUAUUGAAAUGCUACAAAGAAAUGAUGAAAAUCAGACAGCUAUAACCUCAGUUUGUGUACAGUAUGAUGUGCCAUUUGUUUUCUUUCCGAAAAGAUGCUUGGAUAGGCUUUUUUUUGUUUUUGACCUUCACUGCAUAUCCACAUAACAUCAUUACCUCAGGUGAGAUCUCUCCAGAGCAGCUGACUGUACAUUUAGCUGUAGAAAUCAAGACCUUUUCUUGACUUUUACACGCAUUUCCAAAACACAACUACUACUUUAAGGAAGCAGUUUUUAAAUAACAUGUAACUGUAGUCCUGUUUUUAUUUCUUUUUUGUCGUAUUUAAAAAAAACAUACAGUAUAAACCUUAACUUAACUAAACCACGGGUCUCUUUUUAAAUGCAACUAUUGACAUUAGCACACAAUAGAGAUACGACACUUGCACGUUAGCACACGCUCCAAACACAACAAUAUCACGUGGGUGGGCUAUCUACUUUAUUAUCAGGGUAUUGGUUUGAUAGCUCCUUAACUAAAACUAGUUGCUUGUGAAGGUUUGGGCACUCCAAAAUUAAAGUCGAUUUCUUUUUCGUUUUUGUCGUAACUUUGUUAGAACCAACUGCAAUUGCAUUUCAUGUUUUUCGAAGCAUUCGAGAAUCUAAAUCAUCGCAUUUCAAGUUGUCGUACUACAUUUCUUUUAAGUUUGUUGUACAUGUCAUUUGCUAAUUCAAUAUUAAUAGGCAUACCUUUAUUCAGUGACAAACAUUUGGGACCUCGUACUGAAUCUGCUUUACGUCAUGUUCGCUAUAAAUCAGUAAAAUAGGUUUGUCGGCACACACUUGGUCUAUACAGUAGAUGCCCGCUGUUUUGUCAAUCUAUGCACUUGAGAAAGUAACAUUGCACCAUAAAUGUUUAUUGUAUUUGUGUUUAUAUUGUUAAUUUAGUUUAAAGGGUUUUGUUCCUAUUAGACACCUUCAUGGCACAAUAGUUAUAGUUAAAUAAUAUUUUAUUUGAUUUAGUUGUCUAUCAUUUGCAGCAGUAUAGCUUAAAAUAGCUGUUGUCAUGGUACUCGCAGCACACGCCAUGGUAAAAGACAUAUUUUGAAUGUAAGCUCCCAGAGAAACAUGUCUUGGGAAAUAUCGUUAGAAUAUGCAGUUAUAAAUUACUAUGAUACUUUAUGUAUUUUACGUAAGUAUUUAUAUAUAUAUAUAUAUAUAGUAUUGCGGUUUCAUCUGGAGUGCCUGUUCAAUCGCCACUGACAAUUCGAAUCGCAUUUAAUCACUGCAGUAAUCCAUGAAGCGACAAUACAGUAAUUGAUAACAACAAUCGAGAAUCAUUUGCCAAGGUGACUUACAAUCGAGAGCAACAUUUUUCAAUAUACUUCUCUGGGAAUUAGCAUACAAAUGGUUAAAUUUUUGUUGUCUCCGUUAUAAAGUACAGUAUGUGAAAUGCUGAAAGAGUAAUGGGUAUAAGUGAAACUGUGAAUCAUAUGGAAGAGAGCCAUGAAAAAUCAACAUCCGACCACAUUGUCUUAUGUUCAGAUGAGAGAAGACUCGUCUCAUGCUUAGUUGUUUAGUUCGAGGUCGAACAGAGCUGUGGGGAAGUGGGCUUCAUCAAAUGACCAACGUUCUGCUCAAGAACUUGAGAGCUUUUGGUUAUAAAAGGGCUCAUGUGUUGCCAUGACAAUCUUGCAGGAUCAUUCACUUAAUAAAGGUGUGCCUAUUCUAAUUCUUUCAUUUGCGCAAAAACAUUUUUCAUUUAUUUUAUAGCUUUAUACAGUGUUGUGCGUUCUACCAUAGUGUCUACUUUUAUCGUUUUGUAAUAUUCCUUUGUUGGAGGAGAGAAUAACGGAUGGAAACAUGGAGGUUAUAUUUCCAAACAAGCGUCCUCGUUUUUCGUACUCUGUUUCUUCCUACUUUGCUCAUCCCUUUGACAUUGCGUUGAUUUUGACCAAAUCCAGAUAAUGUCAUCCAUGACUGUUUCAACCCUGCAAUCCAUUGAGUUCUGCAGGAUCAGACUUGUUAGUUUUGCUACCUCAACUUGCAAAUAGUUUUGACAUACAGUAGAAGCCCUUUGGUAGUGAAGCAAAAACGACUUGUGUCUCGAAUGACUGACAGGCCUUAAUGGCUCCGUCGGGUUGUGGGAAUGUAAUGAUGGUUUUACCGGCUUACCUGCUGGAAUCCGUAUGUAGCAUUUCAGAUGCAGGGAUAACACUGGCUCAUCAUCCAAAAGAUCGUCAUGGUCCCAAUCUGUUGGAAAGCAGUUAAAUAUACAUUCCACAUUAACAUGCAGAUGUAAGAUUAUAUUGGAGAUACCUUAUUAAUCGCUUGCAUCUUUAAGACCAGUGUUUGGGAAAAAUUCAGGUUGACCACUAAUCCCCUUUAGGUCCUCGUCCAGUUCAAACUGCCCUCACAAACAGCAAAUCUUUUGGGUUUUGUAAAUCGCCAUGCAAACCUCUCUGGUAUUUGUUCGGGGAGUGCGAAAAUGACUGUUGUGUUUUCCAAGAUCCUAAAUCCGACAGCCAACUCUAGAAUGUUUGACAUGUUGGCAUUUGUUGGGACGGUGUGAACCGGCCUUUAGGUUGGAAACGUUGUAAUGUACAUUUGUGUAAUCGUUUCGAAUAUAGUAUAGUUUGUGCCCUUGAAAUACAAGCCAAAUCAAGUUUGUGGGCAGUAUCUUUGUUUUGCGAGAAAUUAGUUGCUUAUUAAGUUCGCAUUCAUACGUUGAGGAAAGGCAUCUUGUCUGUGAUGCAUUCUUCAUGUUAGACUUCAUCUUCAUAUAAAUGCCUUUUGCUAUCUGUUGAGUUGUGUUAAUAAGUACUUUUUAAAAAUUUGUAAAUUCUCAAAAUAGGUUCUUAACGUUGUAAAGUUUCGGCAUUCAGUGUAGUAUAAUGAUUGGAUACCGGUCUCCCGUACCCCUUCAGGUUAAUGCAUGAUUAUGAGAGUGGAAUGAUUAGUCUCGGCUAAAGAUUGGCUAAAGAUUUUUCUAUAUUUCUUAAUACUGUUGAUAUUGUGAUUAUUAAAAAAAAACAAAAAACAUGAAAACGCUCGCUUUGAUCUCCAUACUUUCACCAGGAGUUACCUCUUAAGUGGUUUAAGAGAGGAUGACUUUAAUAUCCCCCUAACUUUAACCCGCCACUAUAGUGGUUCAAAAAACGUCUUUGGUGUAAUUAUUUUGCAAUAUUAAACAAUGAGUCAAGCAAGGCAAUACUUACGAUUUAAGUCCCCUUAACUGAGUUUACUGGCCUAGACCCAUGGUCACCUAACAGCCAAACAGCUCUACGUCCUUUUCGAACUUGAAAAGAUUCAGCCAAAUACUCUUAGUUCAGUGCUUUAUGAGCAGCGAGGAUUGUAAAGUACAAAUUACCCGGGGAAACAAAAAUGGACGCUUAAACUUAAGUUCUUUUGUUUGGUCAAUUGAGACCUACAAAUCCGCAAAGACUAUUUGUUUUGUUUCCUCUGUCUGUACGACGUGUGAUGAUGUGUUUUAACUUAAAAGAAAAAACCUUACAACGCAAAAUACCUCAGAUAAUAUAUCCAUGUAAAUCUUGACAGCCUCCACUUGUAGAUAUAGCCCAGUUCACUGCCUCCCCACCCUCAUCUACGUGGUCAAGAGGACCACACUUGUCUGUAAUAUGUCUUGUUUUCAAUGCCUGUUGUACACUGUGGAGGUUUUUCUUGUCAUAUUUGUUGUUAUUAAUGAACAAAUGAAACCAUUACUUCAUUAAUCAAUAAUUUGUGUGCUUGAUAACGUUUUUGACUUUUCUGAACACUCUCUCCAUCGCCAUUUGGUUAAAUGGUUCUCGAACUCACGCUAUUGGUCGAGCCCGUGUUGCCCAAACAGAGCGUUAACGAUGUUUUCACGGGAGUCACCCUAGAGUUGUCUUGUUGUUGUGCGCAGUGGCAGCCGGUGACUUCUUUUUUUUCGAGGGCGCUCGAUGCGAAGUUCGUCACAACAUGUAUGUAGCCUAUCAUGUGUGUGGGUUGUAAUUUCAAAAUGUGGGUUUUGGGCAUCGAGUGAUCCUAUAUGCAUCACGUUUCUUGUCAAAAUAAGUGCCUGCUGCAGACGCGUCUAAAGGGUUUAUGAUAAAGAGACGCUCGCGUUUGCCAGAUACUCGCAUAAUCUCAUGUAUAAUCAGAGUUUUCUGUUAAGUGAGUGUCUUGCGUGUAUUUUGUGAACGUGAGCUUCUCUUUUAUCAUAAAUGGUUUUGAUGCUUGUCCAGCAGGCACUUAUUUUGACAAAACACGAACAACACACAUGACACUCCGAACACUUAUUUUGAAUUUGCGCCCCUCGGCUGAGCAGUCACGAGCCGCCACUGGUUGUGCAUAUUAAGCUAGUCCAGGCGAGAAGUAUUUUUAAGUUUAAAGAAAUGACUCGCUGCAACUUGGCUGAUAUUGACAGCAUUGCAGCAACAACAAAAUAUGUUUUCGUAACAGUUGACAGUUUAAGUUGAUGGUUUGAGGCAACACGUCAUGAUGCUGCAACGUCAAGCAGAGUUCCACUUAAUGCUAAUGCGGUGCGCAACUAACAAUAGGAGUAAAACAUAAGUGAUCCGUCGCCUGAUACGGUUGGAUGUCGUUGAAUAGAAACAUUUCUUAGCAGCUAUUAACUCAACUAGUUACUACUGAAGAGCUGAUAAAAAAGGCAAGGUAUUUGCAGUAGCAGUGCAGUUCAACUUAGCAUCUCGAAUUAAUGCAGUAAUAAUGGGACAUGCUUGGUAAAGUACCAAAUAGGGAUGUAACGAUUCAAUCACGAU